AUGUAGAAAAUAGAGUAAGAGAAAUUUCAACAUUAAAUAAAAAUUCUAUUCCUUGGCGAUACUGAUACUGGAAAGACUACGCUCCUCUUAAAAUAUGUAACAGGAAAAUUUGACCCUUCAUAAACAACUAUUGGGGUGGAUUUCAAAUAUAAAUCUGUUGGGUAUUAGGGAAAAAUGAUUCGUAUAUAAAUUUGGGAUACUGCUGGUUAAGAGAGAUAUAGGUCUAUCAAUUAAACUUAAUUUAAGAAUGCUAACUGUUUUUUUUUCUUCUAUGACAUCACAAACUAAAAACCCUUUGAGGAAGUGCUUAGGUUGUUGAAUGAUGUCGAAUAAUUAGCAUCACCUGAUGUAAUAAAAAUACUGAUUGGAAAUAAAAUAGAUUUAAACAGUAAUAGAAAGGUAAGUUAUGAUAAAGGAAAAUAAUUCGCUUAAGAAAAUCGCCUUGAAUUCUUUGAAACCUCAGUUCUCCAGGACAGAAUUCUAGAAGAUCCAAUAAAUUAUGUUCUGGAGCAAUUUCUUAAGUAAAAGGAAUUGGAAUAAAAAUAAAAUAUUUAAAAGAAUCAAAUUAAUGUUGCCUUGUCAAAUUAAAUAGUACCGAUGUUAAAUAAAAAGACUAAGUAGUUUGAUCAGAUAUUAAAAAUUAUUUUGCUUGGAGAUAAUGGAAUUGGUAAGAGUUCACUCUAUUAGAAAUACUGUUUCUAAACUAUAAUUUCAACAACACCAACCAUUGGGGUUGACUGUUAUGAUAAAAUUGUUGAAUUUUAGGGAAAAAAGUUAAAGAUAAUUCUUUGGGAUACUUCAGGUUAAGAGGCAUUUAUGCCAAUCGUUUAACCACAUUGUAAUAAUGCUAACAGUGUUUUUUUCAUCUAUAAUAUCACAUCAAAGGAUACUUUUUAGGGAAUAAUUAAAUGGAUAAAUUUGGCCAAAAAAUCAGCAUCACGCAAUACAAUAAAUGUACUUAUUGGAAAUAAAAUCGAUUUAAACUCUAGUAGAUAAGUAAGUUCAACAGAAGGAUAAUAAUUGGCUUAAGAUCUAAAAUUGAAAUUCUAUGAAACGUCAGCUAGAUAUGACAAUCCUCUAGAAGAUCCAAUAAAUUAUGUUCUGGAGCAAUUUCUUAAGUUAAACGAAAAACAACAAAUUCAAAGUAAUCAAAAAACAGUACAAAUCGAAAAUAGAAAUUAAAGCCUAUCUUGUAAUUGCUGA